GGAUAGCCGGCAUAUCGCGAGUCGUGGCGUACGACGAUUGUCUGCCGUCACCCUCCAGGUUUUUGAGAGUCAUUCUUGAAAACCAUUUUCAGUUUUUGACGGGUUCACGAGAUUGUUAGCGAAAAAUGGAAGAAAUGAGUGUCAUUGUGCCUGACAAGGAUGUGUUGGAGUUGGAGCCAAAGCCAAUGGUGGGACAUUAUUCCUCGGGGGAAGAACUGGAUGUGGAGGAUUUGUACACAAAAUAUAAGAAACUUCAAAGAAUGCUAGAAUUCCUGAAAGUCCAAGAAGAAUACAUUAAGGACGAGCAGCGAAACCUCAAAAAGGAGUAUCUUCACGCCCAAGAGGAAGUGAAACGGAUCCAGAGCGUUCCCCUGGUAAUCGGUCAGUUUCUGGAGGCAGUCGAUCAGAACACUGGCAUCGUGGGCUCCACCACAGGCUCCAACUACUACGUUCGCAUUCUGUCGACCAUUGAUCGUGAACUGUUGAAGCCCUCGGCCAGUGUUGCUCUUCACAAACACAGCAAUGCUCUCGUAGAUGUGCUCCCCCCAGAGGCAGACUCGAGUAUUUCGAUGCUUCAGGCAGACGAGAAGCCCGACAUUUUGUACAGCGACAUCGGAGGGAUGGACAUGCAGAAGCAGGAGAUCCGAGAGGCUGUCGAAUUGCCAUUAACUCAUUUCGAACUUUACAAGCAGAUUGGUAUCGAUCCACCCCGUGGAGUCCUCAUGUACGGUCCCCCAGGAUGUGGUAAAACGAUGCUGGCGAAGGCAGUCGCUCGUCACACGACAGCAGCGUUCAUUCGUGUCGUGGGUUCGGAGUUCGUCCAGAAGUACUUGGGUGAGGGUCCCCGAAUGGUUCGCGAUGUCUUCCGCCUCGCUAAGGAGAAUUCGCCAGCGAUAAUCUUCGUCGACGAGAUCGACGCAAUUGCAACGAAACGAUUUGACGCACAGACUGGGGCCGAUCGUGAGGUCCAGCGUAUUCUUCUUGAAUUACUGAAUCAAAUGGAUGGAUUUGAUCAGACAACAAAUGUUAAGGUUAUCAUGGCGACCAACAGGGCUGAUACGUUGGAUCCAGCACUCCUGCGUCCUGGGAGACUCGAUAGGAAGAUUGAAUUUCCGUUGCCCGAUCGUAGACAGAAGAGACUUAUUUUUUCGACAAUCACUGCUAAAAUGAAUCUCAGUGAGGAAGUCGAUCUGGAGGAUUAUGUUGCACGUCCUGAUAGAAUAUCAGGGGCGGAUAUUAAUGCUAUUUGUCAGGAGGCUGGCAUGCACGCUGUCAGGGAGAACAGGUACAUCGUCCUCGCCAAGGACUUCGAGAAAGGGUACAAGAAUAAUAUCAAGAAGGAUGAGUCUGAGCAUGAAUUCUAUAAGUAAAUUUGGAUGUCAGUGGUUUGGAGUGAAGGGGGAAAGGGUCUGUUAUCUUGGGAAUGAGUUGGAAUGGGGGAAAAUGAGAGAGAAACUUUUUGUGGGGAAUUUAAUGAUCGGUGAAAAUGGUUCUUUGAUGUUUUUGGAUGGAACAACGCGGUAACGAGAUAUUUGCUAAUUUGAGGGAAUUAAAAUUUUGAUGGAGGGAAUGAGGGCCGUCCGCGGCGAGUGUGGAAUUGUCGUGGGGGGAGGGGUAUGUGGGGAAAAUGGCAUAAAACUCAUUUGUGGGAUAAUUUGAAAGAUACAUGAACCACUUCACUGCAGAAUCAUGAUAUUUGCUGCUCUUCAUUUAUGAAUUAAUUAAUUAUAUCAUUUAUGUCAUCUUUUAUAAUUGAGGAUUCCAGUUUAUUAUGUACUCAUGAUAUUGAAUAAAUAAUAAUUGAUGGAUAAA